UGACACAUUGCUAUUACCAUUCUAGUGUUCAUUUUUGCUUGUUAAAAUUAAUUUGACUAGAAAUAUUACACAAUCUGCUCUUUUCACCAUCAUUAAUUUCUUAUGUUAUCUUAUUGUAUAAAAUAAUCUUCAUAAUGAUGAUUAGAAUGUAAUAAAAUCCAUAGAAUUAGUUAAACUUUAACUUUUUUCAGUUAUUUUAAUUUUCUCCUUGUUCAUAGCAUAUACACUGACUUUAGUGGUAUUGGAGCAACAGUUUUAAUACAGAAAGCAAAGCAUUUUCAAAGGUCUGAAGCUCAUCAUCAGACGUCCUAUGAAAUGGAGAUGACCAACGCUGGAAAAGAAGCAAAUGGAUUAGACAAUCCCACUUUUCUUACUGAUGAUGGUAAACAUUGUAACUUCACUGAGGACGGUGCUACAGUUCGAGACUAUGAAGGAAAACCAGAAGACUUCAGUAGGAAAGGUGGUAACAAGCUGGCAUACACUGUCACAGAUAUACCUCCAUGGCAUCUUUGCAUCUUCCUGGGAAUUCAGCAUUACCUGACUGCACUUGGAGGUCUUGUCGCAAUUCCUCUGAUCCUUUCCAAAUCACUUUGUCUGGAGCUGGACACUCUGACACAAAGUCACCUGAUCAGUACCAUAUUUUUCGUCUCGGGGAUCUGCACUCUUCUUCAGGUUAUCUUUGGAGUAAGGCUACCUAUUCUACAAGGAGGAACCUUCGCAUUUCUAACGCCUUCACUGGCCAUGCUCAGCUUGCCCUCCUGGAAGUGCCCUGCUUGGACCAGUAAUGCCAGCAUGGUGGAUCCUACUUCCUCAAAUUUCACUGAAUUAUGGCAGGUUCGAAUGAGAGAGUUGCAGGGAGCAAUUAUGGUUGCAUCUUGCUUCCAAAUUUUUGUUGGCUUUUCGGGUCUCAUUGGAUUCCUGAUGCGGUUCAUUGGCCCUCUGACUAUUGCUCCAACCAUAACUUUGGUAGCGCUGCCUCUCUUUAGCUCAGCAGGAAAAGAUGCUGGAGAACACUGGGGAAUAGCAGCCAUGUGCUGUUUGCUCUCACAAUUACGUGGCUAUUAUGUUUUAUACUGACCAUCACCAACGUUUUCCCUUCAGAUACAAGAGCUUAUGGUUAUUUAGCUCGGACUGACAGCAAAGGUGAUGUCAUAAGCAAGGCACCCUGGUUUCGAUUUCCUUACCCAGGCCAGUGGGGAGUGCCCACAAUUAGUUUGGCUGGUGUAUUUGGCAUCUUAGCUGGAGUGAUCUCCUCCAUGGUGGAGUCAGUUGGAGAUUACUAUGCCUGUGCUCGUUUGUCUGGUGCUCCACCCCCUCCCAAGCACGCAAUCAAUCGUGGAAUUGGCGUAGAAGGGAUUGGCUGCCUUCUGGCUGGAGCCUGGGGAACAGGAAAUGGUACCACUUCUUACAGUGAAAACGUUGGAGCUUUGGGGAUCACUCGGGUAGGUAGUAGAAUGGUCAUUGUAGCUGGGGGCCUUGUUCUACUUUUGACUGGCAUGUUUGGCAAGAUUGGGGCUGUGUUUGCCAGCAUUCCAACACCCAUCAUUGGAGGAAUGUUUCUUGUGAUGUUUGGUAUCAUCACGGCUGUGGGGGUUUCUAAUUUACAGUACACAGACAUGAAUUCUUCAAGAAACAUAUUCAUCUUUGGAUUUUCUAUAUUUGCUGGCUUGACUGUUCCACACUGGGUGGAAAAUAAUGCAGAAAAACUAAAAACAGGAACUUUACAGCUAGACCAAGUGAUCCAAGUGCUGCUAACUACUGGCAUGUUUGUUGGUGGAUUCCUGGGCUUUUUUCUUGAUAACACUAUUCCAGGAAGCCAAGAAGAACGAGGACUCCUCGCUUGGAGAAAAGAUGAUAGUGAAGAGUCUGAUGGCGCUGUGAAUAACCUGCACAUUUAUGACCUUCCAUUUGGAAUCGGUUCCAGGUUCUGUGUUGCUAACUGGUUUAAAUAUCUUCCAAUAUGCCCUAAGCAAAUGGCUACCCAAGGUGCAAAGGAACUGAAGAGCAACAAAGCUGAUUUUGAAAGGAACUCUGAUAAUGAUAUUAACACAAAGGUUUAAAUCUGCACCCAGAAGCGGAGGGAAACCCACUUUCCUAAGGUUUUGAAAAACCACCUUCCUUUUUGUGGGUUUUGCAGCCCUUGAGUUGUGUGUGGCUCAAGACUAAUGUCCAAAAAAUAGUUCGAUGAUUUCCUCUCCCACUUACCCCGACUGGAAGAAUCCUGAAUGUCAAUUUCUUUAUGGCAUCAUUUCAGGAAAUCAUUUAUUUAGGGAUUGGAAAGUACAGGUGUGGGUCAUGGGAAAGAACUCUCUUUUCCAUGAUGGAAAACUGUUGCCUAGAAAAUCUGAGCCUAAUUCUUGGGAAUAUGAAUAAACGAAUCCUAAAGCAUCUAUCUGAGGUUUUGGUAAAUACAGCCUCAAGCUUUGUGUCAGCUGAACUGAUUGGAUGCAGUUGAGCAAACCCUACAUUUGCAUGCUUUGGACUUUUGGUAUCUCCCUAUUUUUUAAAUCAUCAGAAUGGUUAGAUUUAUAAAAGCUCUGAAGGAUAAUAAAUUCUGGUUUCCAAUAAAAAUGUAAAUCGUCACAUGACCACAAGAUGCGGCAAAUGGCCAUAAAACAGUGCAUUGCCAGGCCCUUAAAAUGCAUCCGUGUGAUUUUUUUGGGGGGGUGAUCAGAAUUUUGAAUCUGGGUCAUAUGUGC